AGAGAGAGAGAGAGAGAGAAAGAGAAAGAGUACUUAUUCCACUGGAAGCUGGCCAAGAUCCUCCCAGCACUCCUGGCCCUCCCUGUGCACGCAGACAUUUUCUUGUUUUUCUGACAAAACCCACAGCUCGCCGCAGCAGAUAAAGAAACAGAGAUCAAAUUAAACACGCUCUGUGAUUGGCUGAGAGGGAGCCGAGCCGUAUCACUUCCUUCAUGUCAGCGCUGGAGGCUGAACCCGAACCUCUCUGGUGGUUCCUGUAAACUUUUUCAAAGCCAACCACGAGGGCACGAGGCUUUCCCAGGACGUCCGGAGAGAGGUGUCAUGACCUGGAAAAAGCCGGAGAGAUAAGACUUUGCACUGAGGAUGAGAGGAGGAGAUUUUAUAUACACUGAGGCAUUGAAUAAGCACUACAUAGCAUGUUUCCUGUAAUUGCAAUAAAUCUCCGACGAAGAGCCGUGAAAUGCUGGGAAAGUCGACGCACCGUAGCUACGGUUAUCUCCGGCAACAAGAUCUCACAACAUGUGAUGGAGCGUCUGAAGAAGGACGUAGCGGAGAUGAACCGUCAGCUUCCAGGCUUUAGACCAGGCCUGGUGGUGCUACAAGUUGGGGACAGAGACGACUCCAAUCUUUACAUCAGUAUGAAGUUAAAGGCAGCAGCCAGAAUUGGAAUUAAUGCCAACCACAUCAGGCUCCCUAAGACCGCUACGGAAGAUGAGGUGCUGCAGAGUAUACAGCUGUUUAACGAGGACCCAGAUGUUCACGGGCUCAUCGUACAGCUACCUCUGGACUCCAUCAAUCCAAUAAACACGGAGAAAGUGACCAAUGCUGUGGAUCCAGACAAGGAUGUGGACGGUCUGUGCAGUGUAAAUGCAGGGAAACUGGCUCGAGGCGAUCUGCAGAACUGCUUCAUCCCCUGCACACCUAACGGCUGUAUGGAGCUCCUCAAACACACGGGAGUUUCCGUAUCAGGCAGGAAGGCGGUGGUGAUCGGACGCAGUAAGAUCGUCGGCGCUCCCAUGCACGACCUCCUCGUGUGGAACCACGCCACUGUCACCUGCUGCCACUCCAAAACUCCAGACCUUCCAGCAGAAGUGAAGAUGGCGGACAUCCUGGUGGUGGGUACUGGGAAAGCCGAGAUGCUGAAAGGCGAAUGGAUAAAAGAGGGCGCGGUGGUCAUCGACAUUGGCAUUAAUUACAUCCCAGACAACAGCAGACCGUCAGGUAUGCGGGUGGUGGGCGAUGUUCACUAUCCAUCAGCUAAGGAGCGGGCGGCGUACAUCACUCCAGUUCCUGGAGGAGUGGGACCCAUGACUGUAGCCAUGCUAAUGGAGAAUACAGUGAAGAGUGCUAAGAAGUUUCUGCAGAUGUACAGGCCUGGGAAAUGGAACGUUUUAUACACAAAGCUGAAACCACAGAAACCUCAGCCAAGCGAUGUCCAAAUCUCUCACUGUGCUGCACGGAAGCCCAUUCAUCAGCUGGCUAAGGAAAUAGGGCUGUUCUCGAAGGAAAUCCAGUCGUAUGACAGGAGCAGGGUGAGGGUGAGCCUGGAUGUCCUGAAACGGCUCGACAAACAGCCUGAUGGGAAAUACGUAGCAGUCACUGGAAUAACGUCCACGCCGCUAACAGAAGGUCGGCGCACCGUCACACUGGGGUUGGCUCAAGCUUUAGGGGGACAUUUAAAGGUCAAUGCUUUCGCCUGCGUUAGACAGCCGUCUCUACAACACUGUUUAGGUGUCAGAGGAGCUGUUGUUGGAGGCGGAUAUUCUCAGAUCUCCAUGAAGGAGGCCAGUUUCAAGUUCACAGGAGACUCUGAGGCUAUUUCAGCAUCCAGUGGCCUCAUCACAGACACCAUCACAGCUUACUGUCACUACCAGGCCAAGCUCUCUGACCAGGCUCUUUUUGACCUCCUGGUGCCAGUCAGAGAUGAUCAUCGAGCCUUCUCAUCAUCCCAGCUCAAAAGGCUACAGAGACUCGGUGUUGAGAAAUCCGACCCCUCGACCCUGACCCAAGAUGAGAUAAGAUGCUUGGUCCGGUUGGACAUUAACCCAGACGUGAAGACGGACCGCGCGUCUCUGGACAGUGAGAUCAUGGCUGUCGUGUCUCUGAGCAGGAGUGUAGACGACCUGCAGGACAGACUGGCUCAGAUAGUGGUGGCUAACAGCACAUCUGGAGAGCCUAUAACUACUGAGGACCUGGGUGUUAGCAGUGUUGUAGGUUUGCUGUUGAAGGAAUCCCUGAAGCCGUGUUUGGUGCAGACACUGGAGGGAACUCCUGUCUUUCUUCACAUCAGUCCAUUAGCUGAUGUCGCUUGGGGCAGUCCAUCCAUCAUGGCAGACAAAAUGGCUCUAAAAUUGGUCGGUCCUCAGGGUUUUGUGGUCACCGAGACGCCUCACUGUGAGAACUUCUUCAGCAUCACGUGCCGCUCCUCAGGCCUGCGACCUCACGUGCUGGUGAUCGUGACCUCAGUACGAGCCCUGAAGACGUGCGGCGGCGGCCCACGGGUCACUGCAGGCUUUCCUUUACCUGAACAGUAUUCAAAGCAGGUAAAGAACCUGGAGCUGCUGGAGAAAGGCUGUGCUCAUCUGAAGAGGCGGUUAGAGACGGCCAGGGCCUGCGGAGUACCAGUGGUGGUGGCUGUAAACACCUUCAGCUGUGACACAGAGCCUGAGGUGGAGAUGGUGUGUAAUCAGGCGAGGAGGUUUGGAGCGGUGGAGGCUGUGCAGUGCAGCAGCUGGUCUGAAGGGGGCGCUGGAGCACUGGAGCUGGCACGCAGUGUUCAGAGCGCGGCCGAGAUCCAGAGCACACUUCACUUCCCCUACGAGCUGCAGAUGCCUGUGAUUGAUAAGAUGAGAAAAGCGGCCCGGCAGAUGUUUGGUGCUGAAGAUGUGGAGCUGUCAGCUGAAGCUAAAGAGAAGCUUGAACUUUAUAUAAAGCAGGGUUUUGGACAUUACCCAGUUUGCAUCACUGAGAGUCACAUAUGCAUGAGUAAUGAAGCUGAAGUGAAAGUGGUGCCGAUUUCAGAUAUCCAGGCCUACGCAGGAGCAGGAUUUCUCCGCUUUGUGCCAAACAUGAAAAGCUGUCGUGAAGAUCCGACGUGGCCACGUUUGCUUGUCGAGAGUAACAGCUAGUAGCUCCUGCGUUUCAGGAUUGAAUUCCAUCUCGGCAGAAAAGGAGGUCACGUUCCGAGAAGCUUCUGAAAAAUGCAUUUUAUCUUUAACUGCUCCUGCGUAUUAUCCGAGCUGUCCAUCAGGAGAAGCAGCUGCAGCUCGGAGUGUGUGUGUGUGUGUGUGUGUGUGGUUUAAUAAUAUCACUAAAGCACAGUGAGUACAUCCUGCUCUGCCAAGUACUACAGCUGUGUUACGUGUGAUUUUACUAUUACACCAGCCGAGAUGUAUUUUUCUUUAUUUAUCAAUCAGUAUUUUUCUUUUUUCAGAAGUUCUCGACGUCAGUCAAAUUGUGUUAAUUUGCCUUUGAGCUACUUUCCACCAAGUGGUUAAAAAUGGUUUAAAAAAAGAUUCCCACUCAUAAUCUGUUUUUUUAAUCCAUGAUCCUUUCCGAUCACACUGUUAUAUAACACAGUUGCAGGUUAAACAUGUAAACCUGUCUAAAAAUGUAUUAGUAUCAUAUUUCCACACGAUUUUUUAAAAUCAUUUAUAGACACGUUUACAUAUAUAAAUACACUCUAAGAUCUGUUCUUUCACAUUUAGGAAGAGUCAGACAUUUUAAAGACUAUUUAGCUUCAUAAAGCUGAUUUAACUAACAAAAAAAAGCAAGAAAAAUGACCUAGAUUAUAAAGUUAUACUUAUAUUUGGAAAAACAUUUACACUACAUCGUACUCAUUAUGACUUUAUAUCGGUUACUUUCAAGUUCAGCUGAUUUAUACCAAAUACAUACAUAAAGUGUAUUGUGUACAAUAUCACAGCCUGUUUGAAUUCUUGAUUCUGAUUGGUCAGAAGUUGUUGAUUCAUUUUCAAUAACUGCAGGUUUAUAUUAAUGUGCUUGUUCUCAUACGUUAUUGUUUCUAUAGUAACAGGUCAUUCACAGGGACUUGUACGGCGGACGCUUCACAAAAAAACGUGUAAUUGCUGUUAUGGAGACGUUUUCACAUUUCACAUUUAUGGAAGGAGUCUCCAGUGUCAGGGCUUUGUAACAGUCAGAGGUCAAGCUAUAACUUUAAGUUUUCAGGAUAGUGGAGUUUAUGUGUUUUGCGGUUUUUCGAUGUGACAAGCUGCUUUUUUUGUUUUGUUUUGUCUUAUUGACUUCAAGAGAGUGAAAAAGAGGCAGGUGAGGGUUUAUAGCUGCUAUAAUUUGAGUGAAAACAGAAAUGAACUUGUAACUUGAACUUAAAUGUAACUAUAAAUGGUUAAAAAGUAUGUUUUGCUUUAAUAAAUAAAAUUUUGUAAUCCUCGUGGUGGUAUAACAAUGUAAUAAAACACUUCAGGAAGCAAUAACUCUGGUAACGGUAACCAUGAAUGUUAGAGCCUCGUUUAAUUAAUAUUCCUGGUUAUAUAUUAUUAUUAAUAAUUUUGAAUAAUAUUGUAUUGUAAUGAAUUUCUGCAUUCUGAUAAACACUAAUAAAGUUAUUAAUAUAUAUUUCUAUAAUUA